CUUGACCGUGACGUCGCGCGUAAGGGUUGACGUCACACCGAAGGCGGAAACCCACAUCCAAAUCCAAAGCUAAGAUGGCGGAGGAGCAGCAGGAGUCUUCGCAGGGAGAGAUGGAGGGAGUGAAUUGUCUUGCAUAUGAUGAGGCCAUAAUUGCUCAACAGGAUAGAAUUCAGCAGGAGAUAGCAAACAGCAACCCUUUAGUGUCAGACACACAGGGCCUGUCUGUGCUGCAGCAGGAGUACGCCGAGGACGAUACAGUUUAUCAGCUCAAGAUCAAGGACCUACACAAAAAAUACUCAUACAUUCGUAAGACACGGCCAGACGGGAACUGUUUUUACAGAGCCUUCGGCUUCGCACACCUCGAGUCUCUGCUGGACGACAGCAAAGAGCUUCAGAAGUUCAAAGCAGUUGCGGCUAAAAGCAAACUGGACCUGGUUAACGAGGGUUUCACCGAGUUUACCAUUGAAGACUUCCACAACACUUUCAUGGAUCUGAUCGAGCUGUGUGAGAAGCAGCCGAGCCUGCAGGAGUUGCUCAGCUCCUUCAAUGACCAGAACGUGUCAGACUACGUGGUGGUGUACUUACGGCUCCUGACCUCGGGUUACCUGCAGCGAGAGCACGGCUUCUUUCAGCACUUCAUCGAGGGAGGGCGCUCGGUCAAAGAGUUCUGUCAGCAGGAGGUGGAGCCCAUGUCCAAAGAAAGUGACCACAUCCACAUCAUUGCCUUAGCCCAGGCUCUCAACGUCUCCAUCCUGGUGGAAUACAUGGACAGAGGAGAAGGCGGGACAGUCAAUCACCACGUCUUCCCCGAAGGCGGUGAUCCACGCAUCUUCCUCCUCUAUAGACCCGGCCACUAUGACAUCCUGUACAAAUAGCACCGCCCUGGUCGGUGGUCCCGUCCUGCUGCAACAGACAACAGCCGGUUAGAAAUAACUGCCGCAGCCACGUCCAGACAUCUGUGUAUGAAGAUUACACUCAUGUAUGUGAGGAAAAUAAUGUCACAGUACAUACACAACCCCCCCCCCCCCCGAAAUGAUCACAACACAGCUCAUUAAAGAAAUAUCGUUGGAAAAACAGAAGUGACUCCAGACAUUUAGAGUUGUACAGUUUUCUUUUGUGGUUGUAAAUGUUAUCUACUUGCUCUGUUGGAUUCUUUUCCUUUGUUACACUGUUUCAUUGAGUUUUAUUAAAGGGAUUUCCAUCUUA